UGGCCUGGGCUGCUUUGGGCCUAUUUGGGUAUUUCCUUGGGCGGGCAGCCCUCACCCUGUCCUUGAAAUGGUUCUGGCUGGGUAGCAGCCUCUAGGUGGUGUGGAUGAAAUUUGGGACUGGUUAAGGGCGGAGACGAGACCAAGAACACAAGUUUCCUUGUGCUGCUGGGGAGAGGGAGGGCAGGAGGAAACUGGAGACCCCACUUCCACCCUGGCCACUCUCUUGCUCACAGUCCACAAUGGCUGGGUCGCCAGUGUUCCUCGGUGUCAUCAUUUUGCUGUCUGCCUUCUCAGGGCCUAGUGUCGGGGGUCGCGCCAUGCCCAAGCUGGCUGACCGCAAGCUGUGUGCUGAUGAGGAAUGCAGCUACCCCAUCUCCAUGGCUGUGGCCCUGCAAGACUACGUGGCCCCCGACUGCCGUUUCCUGACCAUACACAGGGGCCAAGUCGUGUACGUCUUCUCCAAGCUGAAGGGCCGAGGGCGGCUCUUCUGGGGAGGCAGCGUUCAGGGAGAUUACUAUGGAGAUUUAGUUGCUCGUCUGGGCUAUUUCCCCAGUAGUGUCGUACGUGAAGACCAGACCCUGAAACCUGGCAAAAUUGAUGUGAAGACAGAUAAAUGGGAUUUCUACUGCCAGUGAGUUCAGCCUACCACUGUCCCUGCUGGGUUUUUUUCCUUCCCGGCUUUAUGCAAAUAUAUCAGCCAAGUGCAAA